AGGAAUCUGCUGUCGGUCCUUUGAUAUCCACUGUAUUAGCUCGCUCAUUGCUUUUUCCAUCAGGUUGUACAUGUAUUGGUCAUCUGUCAGGAUUGGUAAACUACCUCUGCUAAAUGUACAUCCUACAAACACUGUAGUCAGUGUAGCCUGCACACACACACACACACACAUUCACGCAGAGAGAAGACUGAACAGCACUACUGGAGCUUCAGUAUAUAUAUUUUUCGACUGUUUGUUUUUUUUUUGUUGUUGUUUUUUUGUUGUUUUGUUUUUUUAAUAAUACAAACUUUUCCCGUGCAACUAUUCCUGUAGUAACUGUUAAGCAGCACAGACAAAUUAUCCGCAACCAAUCGUUAACAGGAAGAUCACAACAGUGUUACGUGCAGGUCAUCAGAUGCGACCCUUUAAGAUUAAGACAUUGACAGCGUUUGAAGGACGGCGUUGAUGGAUUACAUGCUACACGUAUUAUUUCGUGUUUCUUUGUGCAGCAAAAGUAAAAACAUUAAAAACAACAACAAGAAUACUGUUUGAUAAUUUGCGGAUGAAAACCGUAAUCUGUAUUAGACAACUGUAAGCAGCCAUCCAAGUGCAAAUGGAAGAGACCCAAAAGACACGUCAAAAUUAGCACAAAGGAAGACGAAGCAGGAGCAAGUGGAGAGAAUGAUGCCGUCUGGAUCCCAGGGAAUGGAAAUGUGACUUUCUGAGAAACUAUGCCUUUUACUAAAACAAGCUAAGGUGGGCACUCAGUAAAGCUUGACGGAAAAUGCAAAAGAGGUCGUGGCUCUUCAAAUGGCUGGGAAUAGGGAUAGGCAUCUUCUCUUUUGUCACCAACAGCGUGUCGCAAGAUAACACCGAAGAUUGGCAAUAUGAGGAGUGCAAAUUGGCCAGGUCAGGCCCUCCAGCUACAAUAGUUGCCAUUGAUGAAGAAAGUCGAAAUGGUACUCUCCUGGUGGAUAAUAUGCAGAUAAAGGGAAGAGUACAAGGCCCCAAUAAGACAAUUUCAUUAUCUCUGAGGGACAACUAUGAUAACUGGGUGAUCCUGGAUCCUGUACAACAGAGGCUUUAUCUCAACAGCACUGGUCGAGUCCUGGAUAGAGAUCCUCCCUCAUCUAUCCACUCCAUUGUGGUGCAGGUCCAAUGUACCAAUGAGCUGGUAGGCACUGUCAUUUUCCACGAAGUGCGUAUUGUGGUGAGAGAUCGAAAUGACAACCCCCCUACCUUCCAGCAACCACGCUACUAUGUAGCAAUUAAUGAGUUGACACCAGUUGGAACCACCAUCUUCACUGGAUUUUCUGGAAAUAAUGGUGCGACUGACAUAGAUGAUGGACCUAAUGGCCAAAUUGAAUAUAUAAUUCAGUAUAACCCGAAUGACCCAACAUCUAAUGCGACUUUUCACAUUCUACUCACUUUGUCAGGAACGGUAAUUCUCAGAGAGAGACUAAAUUAUGAAGAAAAAACACGCUACUUUGUAAUUGUUCAAGCCAGUGACCGUGCUCCGAAUCCAAAUGACAGAAGGACUAGCACUACCACGCUGACAGUUGAUGUGCUGGAUGGGGACGAUCUGGGGCCUAUGUUCCUGCCAUGCAGACUUGUGAACAACACAAGGGACUGUCUCCCCCUGGUUUACAGAGCCAGUAUCCUGGAGCUCACUGACCCAACCAGAAUAAACCCAGUUAAUGUCACACCGACAAUUCAAGCUGUUGAUCAAGACAGAAACAUCCAGCCACCCUCUGAUAGACCAGGCAUUCUUUACUCCAUCCUUGUCGGAACCCCUGAAAAUUACAUAAACUAUUUCAGUUUAAAUCAGACAACCGCAGAACUUCGCCUCCUCAAGCCAGUCAGCAGGGAUUUAUACCAGAAAUUUGAUUUGGUUAUUAAGGCGGAACAAGACAAUGGACACCCGCUCCCAGCAUUUGCUAAUUUACAUGUAGAGGUCCUCGAUGAAAAUAAUCAAGCCCCAUACUUUGAAAUUUCGACUUAUCAAGGAUUCAUCAUUGAGUCAGCCCCGGUGGGCACAACAAUCUCAAACAGUGGGAAUCUUACAGCACCGCUUAACAUAAUCGCUUUGGAUAACGACAUAGAAGAGACAAAAGACCCCAUGGUUCGAAUUUCCUUAAAUGACUACAACACAGUUUUUACCGUGACUCAGUCUGGAAUAGUCCGCUACUUGACGUUGCUGCAGCCAGUGGAUCGAGAACGUCAGCAGACCUACACUUUAACUAUGAUAGCCUCUGAUGGAGUCCAGGAAAGUGCUCCAGUCACAGUUAAUAUCCUGGUGAUCGAUGCCAAUGAUAACGCUCCAACCUUCUCCAACAUCUCCUACAGUGUAAAUGUUUACACAGACAUGCAACCGGGAGAGACUGUCUUACAGCUCACAGCUUUGGAUGCUGAUGAAGGUCUGAAUGGGCAAAUCACAUAUGAAAUUCUUGCUGGAGCUCAGAGAGAUUUCAUCAUUAAUAACAGGACCGGCCUGAUUACUGUGGCUCCUGGUGUCAGUUUGAUAGUUGGGCGAUCUUAUGCUCUUACUGUCAAAGCAUCAGACAACGCACCUGUUUCUCAGAGGAGGAGCUCCAUAACUACUGUCUAUGUUGAGGUGCUACCACCAAAUAAUCAGAGCCCCCCGAGAUUCCCACAGUUCAUGUACAGCCUUGAAGUCAGUGAGGCCAUGAGAAAUGGAGCCAUUUUACUGAACUUGCAGGCUACGGACCGUGAAGGUGAUCCUAUAACUUAUCGUAUUCAAAAUGGUGAUCCUCAACACGUGUUUAACCUCACACAAAAUGCUGGACUUCUAGUCCUAGGAAAGCCCUUGGACAGAGAGAGUACAGAUCGAUACAUUCUGAUUGUCACAGCGUCAGAUGGCAGACCUGAUGGGACCUCCACCACUACUGUGAAUAUCGUUGUCACUGAUGUUAAUGAUAACGAUCCAGUUUUUGAUCCAUUUCUGCCCAAAAACUUCACGGUACAGGAAGAGGAAGUGAAUGCGUUUGUAGGACAAGUAAAGGCAACUGAUCCAGAUGCAGGCGUGAAUGGACAGGUGCGGUACAGCUUAGUGAACUUCAAUGGCGUUUUUAGAAUCAAUUCAAACGGCAGCAUUUACACAGCUGUGGCGCUGGACAGAGAAACAAGAAGCCAGUAUGAUCUGAUCGUGGAGGCCUCUGAUGGAGCACUAGACCCUCGCCGGUCCACAAUCACAUUAUCGGUUAGAGUGCUGGACAUUGAUGACAACAGCCCAGUUUUCUCUCAGGCCUCGUACACAGUCAAUUUACCAGAAAACAGUCCUGUGGGAACGAUCGUUCUAAACUUGAAGGCAAAGGAUGCUGACCUUGAAUCCAAUGUCACUUACCGCAUAAGAACACAAGAGGCAAGACAGCUGUUUUCCGUGAACUCUGUGACAGGAGAUUUGUCUGUGUUACAAACUUUAGAUUUUGAAACCCUUUCUGCAGCUGGGGCAACUUAUACCUUUAUAGUGGAGGCCUUGGACAGCGGUGGCAGCAUGCCACCAGGCCUUGCUACUGUGACAGUGAAGAUAAUGGAUAUGAAUGAUUAUUCCCCUGUAUUUAGGCAAACUCUCUAUAGGGGAAUGGUGGCACCAAAUGCAGUCAAGGGCACUGUCAUCACAACUGUAUCAGCAGAAGAUCUAGAUCCUCCGGGCACAGCAGCCAGCAGGAUCAGAUACAGAGUGGAACUGGACACGUUUCCCUACAGUGGUAGUAUCUUUGAUGUGGAGGUAGAUACUGGAAGAGUAAUAACACGGGUCAAUCUCAAUGAAGAACCCAGUACGACAUUUAAGCUGGUGGUUAUUGCCUAUGAUGAUGGUGUGCCUGUGAAGUUCAACACUACUCUGGUUGAAAUAACAGUUCUGCAGCCUUCAGUGAUUCCAAUCUUCACACAAGAGGAAUAUAGGCCUCCUCCAGUUAGUGAAAAUGCUCCCAUAGGAACAAGGGUUGGUGUUAUACUUGCAGCUGCAAUCAAUCAAACCAUUCUGUAUUCCAUUGUUGCUGGAAAUGAAGACGAUCAAUUUGUCCUUGAUAACAGCACUGGAGUCAUCUCUACUAAGAAGCUUUUAGACUACGAGACCACUGUGAGCUACGUACUUCGAGUCCAGGCAGACUCCAUGCAUGUAGUAAGAUCCAACCUACGAGUUCCUUCAAAAACAAACACAGCAAAGGUGUUCAUCGAGGUUCAAGAUGAGAAUGACCACCCUCCUGUUUUUAUGAAAAAACUUUACCUGGGCGGGGUGGCAGAAGAUGCCAAAACAUUUACUUCAGUAUUGACAGUGAAGGCUUUGGACAAGGACACUGGGAAUUACAGUGCAAUGCAGUACCGGUUGAUUAUACCACCUACGAACGAUGGAAAAGACGGGUUUGUGAUUGAAGCAUACACAGGAAUCAUCAAAUCUGCAAUCAUAUUCCGAAACCUCAGGAGGUCCUAUUUUAAGUUUGAAGUGAUUGCGACUGAUGACUAUGGAGCGGGACUGAGCAGUAAUGCCCAAGUUGUUAUCUCUGUGGUCAAUCAGCUGGAUAUGCAAGUGAUUGUUUCCAAUGUUCCUCCUACCCUUGUGGAACAGAACAAAGAGCAGCUUAUCAGGAUUUUGGAGCGUUAUGUACAGGAUCAGGUUCCAGGGGCUAAAGUCGUUGUGGAGUCCAUCGGAGCACGGAGAUUUGGGGAUGGAUUUUCAGAAGAGGAUUAUUCCAAAUCAGAUCUGAUGGUCUAUGCAAUCGACCCUUUAACCAACAGGGCCAUAUCAAGACAAGAACUUUUUAAAUUCUUAGAUGGGAAGCUGCUGGAUAUCAAUAAAGAAUUCCAACCCUUCCUCGGCCAGGGAGGUCGUAUUCUGGAAAUCCGAACCCCCGACAUUGUGGCAAGUGUUAAGAAAGCAGCUCAGGCCGUAGGCUACACAGAGGGUGCUUUACUGGCCCUGGCAGUGAUCAUCAUUCUGUGCUGCAUCCCUGCUAUUUUAAUAGUCAUGGUCACCUACAAACAGUUUAAGGAACGACAGGCAGAGUGUGCAAAGACAGCAAGAAUUCAGAUGGCAUUGCCAACAGGCAAACCGGCCGGGGGUGCUGCCAAUAAUCUGUAUGAAGAACUUGGUGACAGUACCAUGCGAGGAUAUGGGCAACAAGAGCAACAGCAAUUGCUAAGGCCAUCUCUUCUGAGACCAGAGGAACUCUCCAUGGAAUCUGGUAUUGACCCCGGUCAGGAAUACUAUGGACAAGAUUAUUAUAAUUAUGAUCAUGGGUAUGAAUUGCCACAGUACGGAAGUCGCAGGAAGUUAAUAUCGCCAGCAGGAAUGUAUGACGAGUCUGGAGAGGUGAUUAUGGAGGAUGAUGGGAGCUACUACUAUAGUCCACAUGGGUCUACUGAGGGAGAGGGCCAUGGGCCACCAAAGAGACCUCCAAAAGAGGGAUUAGGGGAUCAGGCAGUUAUCUCAGAACCUGGAGAAGUACAGCCUGCAGAUGGUAGUGGAGAUAGAGGUGGACAGGCUGCAAAGAAGCUUAAAUCAGUACUGAAAAUCAGUAAAUUAGCAGCAGGCAGUAAAUUAGCAGCCGUUAGAGUAGCAGAUCAACCUACUGAUGCCACAACAUCCCAUUAUUCUCCAUGGAAGAAAGCUAAAAUAUUCCCAAUGAUACUUCAGAAAGUAAAAGGUGGAGGCAAGGAUUAUGCAAAACUUGUGUCUGCUCGCCGUGUGAAUAGUCAAGACAGCAUAGCAAGUGGAUCAUCUGGAAGCAUGGUUAUCAAUGGCAGUUACUUUCAGAAAUCAGCUGAAGAUAAACCUUCGGCAAAAUCAAGACUAAGUCAGGUGCUAAAACGAAUCAGCAUUUCCAAGAAAUUGCAAUUGCGGCGUAAAUCUCAAGGCUCUGCUAGUAGAAGUUCUGUAGCCAGAAGUGAGACAGAAGAAUCAGGAUCUCAGACAGUUAGUGAUUCUGAAAAAGACGAGCGAAAGUCAGGCAUUUCCAUCAGUGUCACAGCUGAAAGUGAACAGGAGGGCAGUGCUUCUGAGGCAGAAAGUGAAGAAAGUAAAAAGGAAGAGUCUGGGGAUGAGUCAUCAAUCAAAAGUAGUGUGGCACCAUCCCAGGUGGAAGAUAAAGAUUAUCUUAAAGUUACACUGGACCAAGAUGAAACUAAUGAAAGUACUGUAGAUUCUGAUGAAGAACAGGAAGAUCUAGAAGGUUCAGAGGAUGAAAGCAAAUCCAAGUCUGAGUCAGGUACUGGACAGGAAGGAUCUGAUGCAGAGGAGGAUAGCGAGAAAGAGGAUGAAGAUGAUGACGAAGGUGGCAAAAGUGAAGGAUCCAGGGACACUGAAGAAUCAGGAUCCAGGAUGUCUUCAGUGCACAGUACAGGGAGAUCUUCCUACACGGGCACCAGCAUGCGAUCUUCAGAGCGAUCCAGUGAAAUUACUCAGGAAAGUGUUAGUGGUGCAUCAGGAACUGAGAUGAGUGGGGGUUCAGUACGUAGUAGGGUUAGCAGUAGUGCAUCAGCAUCAGCAGGAACAGAUGUGAGUGGAUCAGAAGCAAGUGAGUCAGAAGGAGGUAGGUCAACCAGUGGUAGCAUGAGUAGUAGAGGGACUACAGAUAGAAGCUCACAAAAAAUCUAUUCAGAUAGUGAAGGUAGUUCUAGAACUUCAAGAACUGCAGCAAGCAGCUACCGGUCAAGAAUGUCCAUAAUUACUGGAGGAUCAGAAGAUGUUAUUGAAGAAGAAACUGAAGAAGAGGAAUCGGCUUCAGAGGAUGAGGAAGGAGAUGAUGAUGACUCUGAAAGCAAACAGUCAACAGAUGAUAUAAGUGAGGGAGCAAUGUCAAGGAAAUCCACCAUCAGUCAGAGAACUACCUCCACUGAAAGAAGCAAAAGUAUAAGCACAUUUAGCCAAGUGACAGAUAAAACAGGCACAGAGAGCAGUAUGGUGCAGAGCACAGAUGAGGAUGGUGAUCAAUCAGGUGUUGUUCAUAGUGAUGAAGAUGGAACUCCAUCUCAAAAAACUACCAGAAGUAGUUACAUUAGUGGGAGCAGGUCCAAAACCUCAAGAAACAGUUUUACAUCUGAUGUUAGCAGCAAAAGCAGUACAGGGAAAUCAUUAGUUAGUGCUACAGAUUCCAAUACAACAGAGUCAACACAGGACUCAGAUUCCAAGAGUAACAAAAGUGCUGGAAGCAGUAAAAAGUCAGCCAUUAAAAUAGCUUCAGAAUAUAGUGAGCAGCAGUCUGAGAGCGGAACAACCAAGGACACAGAGGAGGAUGAGGAUGAAGUAGAUUCAGAGACUGGUGGUGAUUCCACGUCAUUUUGACAAACUUGCAGUGGGGCAAAAAGAAAAGGAUCAAGCUAAUUGUCGACCGGGAAUAUGAAACCAGCUCAACUGGCGAGGACAGUGCACCUGAAUCACA